GGACAACAAGUCAGUUUGCUCCAAGACGUACGCAGCUUCAGUGUAAACGAAAUAAGAGAUCCAACAUCCAUCAAAUACCGCAGCGUUUAAAUUCUAGCCGCAUGAAUCACAUGUUUCAACGGCUGCAAGCGUGUACAAAAUAUGUAAAAGAAAUAAAAAAUAAACUAACAAACUUUUCUUAAGUUUUUUUUUUCAAAAUUAACGCCACGCUGUAAAUAUGUAGUAGUGUUAAAAUAAAAUAUUUCCAAAGAAAUGAGCAACCAUUAUCGUACAAAAAUUAAAAAUAAAUUCGUACCUGAUACGCAUUGCUACAAAUGAAUGCCAAGUGAAAAGUACAAGUGAACAGCGGGACGGAAGCCAACGUUGUUGUUAUGCAAGAAAUAGUGUUUAGUUUUUUAAUGAAACUUUGUUGUCAUAAAAAUGGCCAUCAAUAUAUUAGAUUAUGACCAUUACGCAAUCAGUGCGAUUGUCACGGUCAGCAUGCAGAUUUUAUUUUUCCUGAUUAACUCCAUUUUGCAAAUGGACAAGCUGACGGAUUUCGCUGGUGGUGUUAAUUUUAUUAUAAUAUCGCUGCUUACAUUCUUUCUGGGGCAAAUUGAUCGACCAUCUAAGGCGUACGACAGUCGACAGCUUAUGGUCACCCUAUUCGUUUGUCUGUGGGGUGCACGUCUUUCUGGAUAUCUGCUGUAUCGCAUAAUCAAGUUGGGACGCGACAAACAGUUUGAAGACACAAGACGCAACAUAAUCAGAUAUGCUGUUUUCUGGACAUUUCAGGCCGUUUGGGUUUAUGUGGUCUCUCUACCAGUGAUAAUCAUUAACUCACCUCGCCACUCACAGCCAAAUGCGCCUAAGACUAUGACCACAUUGGAUUCCACUGGCACGGGCAUGUUCGUUGUGGGAUUGCUGGCCGAAACAUAUGCGGAUUUGCAAAAGUUCUCCUUCCGACAGGAUCCAGCCAAUCAAGGAAAAUUUUGCAAUGAUGGUCUGUGGAGUCUAUCGCGUCAUCCCAAUUACUUCGGUGAGGUUGUCAUCUGGUGGGGUAUAUUUGCCAUUUCAUUAAACGUUAUCUCCGGACACGAAUGGGUCGCUAUCGCUUCGCCCAUCUUCACCACCUUCAUUAUACUCUUCCUCUCCGGCAUACCGCUGCGUGAGCGUUCGGCCGAUGAGAAAUACAAAGACCAACUGGAAUAUCGUAAAUACAAAGCGUCUACUUCGCCACUAAUACCUAUACCGCCGUCGGUGUAUGUGGAAGUGCCGAGCGCAUUGAAAUUCAUCUUGUGCUGUGAGUUCCCCAUUUACGACACCAUGCGCAUCCAGAAGGACAUCAGUCCGUACUCGCUGUCCAUAGCACGCUCCCAUUCACAUAUAUAGCAAUCAGUUGCCCACUCGGGUAGUGGGCAACACGGCGCUGUGGGACACUCAUUACAGCGACACGGCACCGAUGCGGGCUCCGUGCACCGUGGUCAAUGCUACGGUGCGAACGGUGGCGAUGCGGAGAGUCAUCAUAAUUGUGGUGGAAGCUGUCGCAAUGCACACAUCAAAUCGAAUCCAUAUCAGAGUGAGUCCGGCUAUGGUGGCUACACCGGUUACAACAUGAACGGUGGUGGUGGCGGCAGCACGUCACAACAACGCCAUGCCAAUCUCAAUGCCGUAAACAACACCACCGAUGAUGAUGAUGAUACCGAUGAUGGUAUUAUCUAUAUGCCCGGGCCGUCAUCGUCCAAAAAGCAGCCACACUACUUUCAUGCGCCCAUGGUGAAUGCGACGGCGGAGCAAAAACAGUCAGUCGAACACUCAGACGGCGAAGAGCAGGUGGAACAGGAGCACGAGGAGGACUAUGAUGAGGAUAUACCGCCAAUUGAUUUGAGUAAAGCGCCGAGCGUCGAAAGUUUCACGACAAAAGUGCAAACCGAGAAGGGUGUCAAUGCCGAUGGUGCAUCAUUUACGGUAACAACAAUACUGUGAUCGAACAGCGCUGAGUUGCAGUAAUUACAAUUAUUUAUAUAUAGUAAGGAAGGGGCACAAAUAAGUUGUCGUAUGUGUAAUUGUGCGCUACGAAAUGCAAUUACUUGAGUGAGUAUAGAUUCCAACAACAAAUUAACUUGCCAGUAUGUGUAAGUACACAAAAGAGUGCGGUAGAUGUGGAGUAAGAGUAGCUACUAGCCAUUUUAUGGUGUUUAAAAACCAAGAAAGUAUUAAAUUAAAUUGUGCUAUUUGAAAUGAUUUGCGUUUGAGGUGUGCAAUAAUGUGCCAAAGGCUAACAGUUUAUUUAAGUAGCUAGCAAAUUUGUAUGAAUGUACGCUUAUAAGCGCUUUGAGUACGCAAAGGAAUGCCUAGAGCACUACACAAACAAAAAAGAUGAAAGCAUAUUGAUAAACGCUUGUUCUCUGAACUCUAUGCAGUAGUACUAUGUGUGUAAAGUGCAAUUUUAAAGAAAGUAAAUUAAAACAAAAAACAACAAAAAAAUAACUGUCUUAUAACUCAAUAAAAACUGUACAUACAUAUAUGUACUGUAACAGAACUACAGUCCAAAGCAACAAAAACAAUUACAAUAUACUCUAAAAAUGUGCCUGUCAUUUGUUGCACUUAUUCAAAGUCUAUAAAAUUGUUAUAAAAAUUAUUAUGCAACCGUAAUACCUAAAUGAACAACUAAAGAAAAAAAAUAUUACGAAAUAUUAAAGAAGUUGUAGUUGUAGUAUGUGCAUUAGGGUGGUGCUUAAAAUUCAGUAGAAGAAAAUUAAAGUUGAUUUCACAAACCUUAACACCAGUGAACCAAAUGUUGUUAAACCUUAAUCCCGUUGUCGUGGGUACUACAAUUAUUUUAGAAAUAAUUCUGCCCAUAUCGAGUUCAAGUCUUUAUCGGUUCUUUUUGUGUAUAUGAUUUUAACUAGUGAGUGGGUGAGACUAAACAAAUUGUUCAUUUGAUUUUUAAGAACCUCCUUAGGGUACAUAUUAUAUAUUGAAAUAAAUAUGAUUCUAGAGCGACUUACAAUAUAAUAAUAUAGUAUAAUAUAAUUUCAAAUUGCUUCUAAAUAACUGUUAACAAAAAUAUGUAAAUGUUGUUGUAUUUGUACCGCAAACUAAUUUUUGAUCCUUAACUGAAACCUGGGUAUAUUUUUCAAACGUUCUAUCCGGAAAUAAUGAAAGCUUAGUAUCAUUUUUAAGCAUUAUUGAAGUUAUACUUCUUAUACGACUUCGGAAAAGGUUGCGAUAAUUGUUUAACGCUUCAGUGGAGAGGGAAUAGCGUUGAACAAUUAACGCGAGAGGGAGAGUGAAUGAGAGUAAAGCAGAGAACUUAAAGCACUUGCCAUGCUUAUGCUAUUUGAGCAAUUCUUGUUUUUGUAGAACAAUGUUUAAAUUUUUGAUUGGUGACAUAUUCACAUGUGUACGCAUAUGUAUGAUUGUAUGCUUGCGCAUUAUUUUUCUUUCGUUUCUGUUUCAUUUCUGCGAAUUCUCAACUAUUUUGUGUGACUUUUGGUUGAAAUACUCUGCGUUGGCCGUUGAAAAGUUAAGACUAUACUUCACAGAAUCAUUUCUGUAGUCAGUCUUCAUUUACUUUCUUUGCAAAUCGAAAGUAUUAGCACCCGCGACGAGGAGGUAUAUCGUUUUAUCUGACAGUGUGAGGUUUAUGAACUUCAUUUCUAAUUUUGUCUUGUGGCAUGUUAGAAAUGAUGUCGGUACUCCUUGCGGGAGAUUUCAAUGUAAAUUUCUCAUUGCCAGAAGCUGAACCAUUACUGGGAAUUCCUCAGAGAGAAAUUUUCAUUCGAAAUGAUCAAUGGAAAGAAUGAUCCUACGACAAAAGGAGGUACGACUAUUGAUGAGGUAUUCGCGAGAAAUAUAGAUAAAAUAGAUGUAA